AUGCAAUGCAGUGGUGGAAGGGGAACGAGGUGCAGUGGCCCACGCGGUCUGCAUCCUGAACAGCUACACAACUCUUCCAGAAUAAUUGCACCAGAGCAUCCUGAGCUCAUCAAAGCAAUACAAGUGCAUGCGGAUUCCAAAGUCCCCAACCAGAGAAUCACCGACAAUCCCCUCCUCGGAUCACCUCCAGCGAAUCAGUCUAAGAAACACCGUUUACUUUCAAUACAUACCUAUCGACAUGUAUCUCGAAGCCCUAUCAUCGUCGAUACUCGACCAGUUGCCCCAUCAAGACCCCCGCCCCCCUCUCUGUCUUUACCCGACCACCACGACGCGACAGAGCUGUUGACUCAUCUUAGGCUAAGCAGACACCGAGCUAAGGGCCCCGACCAUCGAGACUCGACCGUGAACGUCCGCUUGGAUUUGGAAGGGGCCAGAGAGAUAGCACCAGUGUUCCCAGAAUGCCUUAGAGCAGCCAAGCUGCUCAACGGUAGAGAUAGGAGCACUCGAGACCGUUCUGUUGGACCACAGCAAAGCAGCCAGGACCUUCUUGCUGGUCAUCCAAGGAUCAAGCUUGCCAGCAUGGGGAGCAGACGAGAAUCACAUCAUUCAACCCAACUCAAAUCACAAGCGUAUGGUGCGUCGAAGCGUCGAAGCAUUCGGUAG